CAUCACAAGAACAGUCCUCGUAGAAAGUUGAGAUCGGACAUCAAUGUCUUCUUCAACGAACUCUACAGUGACAAAUAUUGGUUUGGAAUGGACGUCGGAGGACAAUUCUUCUUCUGGCUCUCAAGAUUCUGUCAUGUUAGUUCCAUACUCUGUUUCUGCUUUCGUUGCCCUUUUAGUUCUGCUUAGUUUCAUGAUUGUGGCCACGGCCAUUGGAAAUGCUUUGGUUUGUAUCUCAGUUUACUUGGUAAAGAAGUUGCGACAACCGUCUAACUUCCUGCUGGUUUCGUUGGCGGUUUCAGAUCUGUGUGUAUCUCUCCUCGUCAUGCCUUUUGCCCUUCAUUAUGAGUUAACGGGCAGCUGGAACCUUGGUCCUGAAGUUUGUGAUAUGUGGGUGGCCUUUGACGUCACCAGCUGCACAGCCUCCAUCUUGAACCUAUGUAUGAUUAGUGUGGAUCGCUAUCUGGCUAUAACCAAACCACUCACGUACGGGGUCCGCAGGACUUCCCGCAGGAUCUGUCUCUGUAUUGCUGCUGUGUGGGUGUUGUCGUGCCUCAUCAGUGUACCACCUCUAAUAGUUCUGGGUAACGAGCACGGUACUCCAGCAGAACCGACUUGUGAAGUGAGCCAGAAUUUUGGCUAUCAGCUGUACGCCACUCUUGGCUCCUUCUACAUUCCCCUAAUGGUAAUGAUAUUCGUUUACCUGAAAAUUUACGUUGCAGCUAAGCGCGUAGUAGAAGCAGAGCAUAAAUCGCUCGUGUACGCUCAGCGUAAUGCUUGUAGAAAUGAAAAUGGCUACUGUCAGUCACAAGGACCGCUACUCAUUCAAAAGGUCUCUUCCGUAUCUACUGUCACAGAAAAGAAUCUUCUCUCUGGCUCUAAUACACAAGAUCCUUCCCAGAAUACCACUGGGAACCUCGUGGGCGUUGGAGACCUCCCGAGGAGUCAGCCCCAAAAUAAAUCAUCCAUGUGGAAGGAGAGAAAAGCUUCAAUUACUUUGGGCAUCAUCAUGUCUGCUUUCACCGUUUGUUGGCUACCGUUCUUCGUGCUAACUCUCCUCCGAGCCGUUGAUGAAGACAUGUUCAGUGUUUCUCCCUCGGUUCGAAGUCUGGUCCUCUGGCUUGGAUACAUUAACUCCAUGAUGAACCCGAUCAUCUACGUCACCUUCCAUCAUGACUUUCGGCGAACAUUCAAGGAAAUCCUAUGCCUUCGAUGUACUACCGUCAACGCCACCAUGAGGCAAGAAAGUGCAUUCGUCUAUUACGCUACAGACUGUGUUGUUCGACAUCCACAGAAAAAAAGUUUCGAAAUGGUUCCAGAACCUCUGAUACCCAUCUCAGUCGUUCCAAAGAAGAGCGGAGUGACUUAUAACUCUCAUGAGUCAUUCGUAUGAUAAGAGCUUUGUCUUCUGCUAAUUCAAUUCCUAAUUAUACUCCUUGUGGGCUCGGUACUGUAUCGAGUUAUUAUCAGCUUCACUUAGAAUUGAAUUCGUGCAGAAGGAUCGCAAUUCCCAGUUAGUAACUGAAUGUUUUCGACGUGCUGCUAUCAAGCACAGUGAGACCUCCUUAUUUAUCAUACCAAAAGCUUUAACACCAAGAGCUGAACAUACGUUUCUGGACUUAACCUCCCACAAUCUGAGGGUCGCGGGUUCGAAUCCGCAUCCCACCAAACAUGCUAGCCCUUUC